AUAUAUAUAUAUAUAUAUAUAUAUAUAUAUACAUAUAUAUAUAUAUUACAAAAUGACAAUCCAAACAUAUGUCAGAUUGAAGUCAAUGAGAUCUUCAGUUUUCUCUCCCCCAAAAGGGGGCGGAGCUUGACUUUUAGUGAACUACCCGUGUGUGGCGGUGUGAUGUUUGGUGGACUGAGGUCAGACUGGACGCUACAGUGACUCACUGUCACCUCUCAGAGGUACAGGUGGUAUUACAAGACAGGACGGGCCGAGGCUAGCUGGUUAGCAUGCUAGCUGGUUAGCAUGCUCAUUUCAGUAGAAAUCUCUGCAACACAACACAUAGACGUCUGUGACACAACGUCACGUCCUGCUGAUAUUGUUUUUUAUUUUAAUGAUUUAAAUUAAACUUCAGGCCACAUCUGACACAUUAACCCUUUACGUGCAGCCUCGGAGCUGCUAGCGUGACGGCAGACAUGUUCAUCCUGUUGCUCUGUGAAGUCACAAACCCGUCGGGCCCAAAGUCAGUCGGAAUAAAACUCGACUCAACUCGUCAGCAACAAUCAGAAUCUCUCAAACUGAGUUUUUAACCCGUUAACCUCCGAAUACAUAAACACAGCAGGGAAGUAAAGAUUCAUCACACAGUGAGUACACACAAGUGUGUACUCAGGCAGGUAGGGGCAUGCACGCUGCCGUUCCCACCCCUGCUUGUACAGUCAUAAUCGCCGUGGUAACAGGGUCGGGCCCUCGCCGCGGUAACACGCCACACCUCUGCCGUCCUGUUGUCUCAGAGCACACAGAGAGAGAGAGACGGACAGGUGAGGUGGUAGAGUCCGCUCGUAAACUCAUUAACACGUCGCUGUGAUGUCACCAGGCGAGUCUCCAGGUGAGCGGCAGUGAUCUCGGCUGUUUGUCCUGAACUCGUCUCACCUGUCUCACCUGUCUCACCUCACCUGGUUGAGUGUGAGCGAGCUUCCAGAGAGAGCAGAGCUGCUCAGGACCAACAUGGAGUCCGGAGAGGAAGAACAAGAGGAAGACGCCUCCAGGUCAGAGGUCAAGAGGUCACCAACUACUACUACUGAUACUACCAGUCCUGCUAAUACUACGACUACUACUGCAGCUGCUAGUACUACUUUAACUACCAGCACGGCUCCUGAUGAUCAGACAGACAAGGACGAGACAGAAGAAGAAGAAGAGGACGGUCAACCAGAGGACGAGUCUGACCCCCAGACAGGAGCUGUUGAGGACGAGUUUGUCUCAGAGCAGAAAUCCUCGACGCCGACCGGAGACAGACCAGGUACAGACCACCACCCCGGAGACAGACCAGCUCCUCCCAGCAGUCUGGCCUUGUCACGACCAAAGAAGAAGAAAGUCCUGGUGGCUCCGGCUCUCAGCCUGUCUCUAGGUCGCAGCGAGUCGACGGUGUCAGACGACUUCCCCUCGGCCUUCCUCUCCCCCUCACCUGACGACGAUGACACGGGGCUGGACUUCGACCUGGACGCCAUAGAAACGCCCUCCGACAGCGAAUCACUGUCCUUCCCCAUCUAUGACCUGGAAGAGGACCUGCGGCGUCUCGGCGUGGCGUCCCUACCUCGCAGACUGUUGGGCUCCAGUCCCAUGUCCACUGGUUCCGAUCCGGGGACGGACCAGAGUGAACUUGGAGCUCUGGAGCGGGAGGACAUGGUGGACGGUCAGGGCACCAGGUGGCGCUGUUUCUCCACGGGUGUUCCACCGCAGGAGAGCCGCGUCAACAUGAGCGUCCUGGAGCCGUUCCUCAGGGUGCUGUCACACGGAGGUUACUAUGGAGACGGUAUGAAUGACAUCAUCGUGUUUUCUUCAUGCUACCUGCCGCAGAAUAGUCUGGAGAAUUACCAGUAUGUGAUGGAUAACCUGUUCAGGUACGCGGUGGGAACUCUGGAUCUGAUGGUGGCAGAAAACUAUGUGAUGGUGUAUCUCUGUGCUGGAGGUCAGAAAGACAAACUCCCAGGAAUCGGCUGGCUGAGGGAGUGUUACACCACCAUCGACCGCAGGCUGAGGAAGAACCUGAAGGGUUUCUACGUGGUUCAUCCCACCUGGUACAUCAAGGCCCUCAUCACCAUCAUCAAACCUUUCAUCAGCUCUAAGUUCAGCAGGAAGCUCCAGUUCGUCGACAGCCUCCAGGAUCUUUCUCACUUCAUCCCUACCGAGCAUGUGCAGAUCCCAGACUGCGUCACACAGUACGACCAGAACCGGUCCAGGUGAACCGGUCCGGGUGAAAACAGCUGGAGGCUCUCAGAUAUUUAACAUGUCGCUGCCUCCUGUCAUCAGGUGGUAGCAGCUGGUGGUGCUGCUGGUCCUUCUCUCUUCAGGUGUUCAUCAUUUCAAACUGCUUUAUUUGUGUGUAAACAUUAUCACUUCACUUCAAAGAGUCAUUUAUUUUCCCUCCAUAGCGAAGAUGAAAUAUGAGACACUCAAUCUAGAGAACUAAUGUCGUCACUAUGGAGGCUCUGUAGAGUCCUAAAGAUAUUUUAUUAUCUCGUGUGCACAAGAUAAUAAAAUAUCAUCCAUGCAUCUUGAACAAACUUUAUUAAUGUGUUCAGAUCAGCUUCCUGUUAUUGUGUCUUCAUUUCAUCUGUGAACACUUUUUACACAUAAAGUGUUUUUCUUCUUUUAAAGGUUUUUCGUUUAAUGUUUUUAAGUUGAAUAAGAGUGUUUUAAGACAUUUCAACAAGGUGGAUCAUUUUCAAUCAAAACUCUUCAAACUGAUGGAUUCUGAAACCCGGCGAAGGUUUCUGAAACGUUAGCUAAUAAAGUAAUUUGCAAAGAGCAAGCUUGCCAGCUAGCUGUGACUUAGCUGCGUUGCAUGAAUCUGGCGUUGGAGGCUUCAUAACGUUAGCUGAUAAAAUCAUUUGCAAACGGCAAGCUAGCUGAUUUACCAUCCAAAUCGUCCCCGGAGUCUGGAUGAAUUAGCUGACGUUAUCCUCUCUGACAGUAUUUUGCUGCGUUAGCUACACGUUACAAUCUGUUCACACUUUGGCAACACAAAGCGAUUAAUACAUGUAUAUUGUUACAGAGGCUGAAGUAGCUAGCUGAGGAGAUGAAGAUGACUUUGUUUUUGUCAAAGGUGAAAUCUGUUUGGUGCUGAAUAAAAUAAUUUUGAUCUUUAUCUGGU